GUUAUUAUAUUGUCAACACAUUUCCAUCCAUGCAUUUGCUUUUUUUCUGUGCCGCGUUGUCCUGGAGUCACUCUAUGCAAUACAAUACAAUCCAAAGCUGUCAUGUAUGCGAGAGGAAUAUACAGUAAUUAUGAAUAGCAAAGACGAACAAAGAACACAUUCACACCUACUCUUUUCUACUCUUCUUUGCUGUCUCUCUCAGUCACACCCUGCCUCACGAAAAAAAAAGUACAGUACUAAAUGACGUAUGAGAAACAGGAAUGAUGAAAAACACCUGAAAGGCGGACAAGGGGACAAGGAAGAGACGAAGAAAUGUUCACAAAAGGAAGUGAGUGUCCAAAAGAGCAACCAGAGAAGAUGCUCUGCGAAGAAGGUAUCACAGUAAACAAACUUCACAAAAGCAAUGACUUCAUCGUUCCCUCCUAAUUCUUCCCUCAGUCCAUCGUCCCCCUCAGAGCUCCACUGUCCCCUUCUGCAGACAAUGGUCUCUCACACACUGAACAACGACUCUCGUGUGAAUCUGGCAGUGGUCAGCGUGCAUGGGUUGGUGUCCUGUUUGGGGAUCCUGGAAAACGGCCUGGUGCUGUGGGUGCUCGGCUGCCGUCUUCGUCGCAAGACAGUUGCAGCGGUGUGGGUUCUAAAUUUGGCACUGUCAGAUUUCCUUACCACUCUAACCCUUCCACUUUUCACUCAUUACCUACUGAUGGGUCACAGCUGGGAGCUGGGAGGUCCGCUGUGCGCUGCCCAGGCCUCCAUCUUUUUCCUCAACAUGUUUGUUUCUGCCUUCCUGUUGGCUGUGAUAUCGCUGGACCGAUGCUUGUUAGUGACCAAGCCAGUGUGGACUCAGAACCGGCGCACUGUGUCUGCAGCAUGGAAGAUCUGUGCCCUGGGAUGGUUGUGGGCUGCAGUUAAUGCAUUUCCAUAUUUCAUGUUCCGUUCUGUUGUGGUUAAAGAGGAUGGCCGUAAACUCUGCUACCAUAAUUUUGCACUCUACUCCUCUCCAAGCACCCUGCAUAAAGAUUGCAAGGUGCGGCAGGCAGCAACUGCAGUGUCCAAGGUAUUGAUGACUUUUGUUUUGCCACUGGUGGUCAUUGCCGUCAGUUAUGCUUCCUUUGCUCUAAAGCUGCAAGCUCGCAGAAAAAGGCUGAAGAGUAGACGGCCAGGAGUGACCAAUGCUAAAAAGAGUGCAUCCAAAUUUUUCCGAAGCAUCUCCACUUCUUCUACAUCAGCUGGAGAAAAUGGCGCUCGACUCUCGCAAGGUUUUACAAAGAUGGUUGUCUCUGUGAUAGCAACUUUUAUUCUCUGUUGGGUACCCUACCAUGUCUUCUGCCUGCUCGAGGUGGCAGCUCAGUACAUGCCACAGAUUGUAAUGCUAGUGGAGGUGUCCUUGCCAGUGGCAACAACUUUUGCAUUCCUGAACCCUGUGCUCAACCCAAUAAUCUACACCUUCAGCUGUCCGCACUUCUGCACACGGAUCCGGCAGAGUUUGGAGGCAGUGUUUGAGGGGUUGGUGGAGGAAGCUGGACCAUUAGUGUUGGCUACAGGGAGGAUGAGGAGAAAAGACCCCUCGUCCCCAACUUCAGUCAGCACUCCCACCACCCCCAGCAUCCCUCACAUCCAAUGCGACUCCCAGGGUUCCAUCAACCUUUUCAGCUUUAAAAGGUGUCCCACAAAAGAGGGAGAGAGGGAAGACAAAAUGUGACUUUUACUGAAAGAAUUAAAAGAUUUUUAAGGCCCCAUUUUGUGUUCCUCUCCUUGGAGGACCUCUAGGCACCCUUUUAGUUCUCUGUGAAACUUAGUCUUUGUUUUGUCAAAAACUCUAUCAAUGUUUCCUUCAGCAACCUCAUCAUAAGGGAAAGGUUUUGAUGCAAUUGAAAUAAACAUUGAACUGCCUUGGUACAUAAACAUGAUCCUUGAGAAUAUUUUAAAGGGUGCCUGAGGGAUCUUCAGAGGUUUACGGCAGUGUGGCAUCUAAGGAAAUCCAAAUGGUGCUUCCAAGAUUUUAUUUUAUUUUUAUUUUUUUACAGUGUAUAUACAAUAUAUAUCUCUGAUGUGGAAUAAUAUAUUCUCCCACUCUCGAGUGCACCUCUGACAGCUUAUGACUGAUGUUUCUUAGUGGACUAUUGUUCACCAACUAGAGGUCAAAAAUAAUGGAAUGACCCUAUAAGCUUAUUUGUCUCAUUGUCUCACUCUCUCUUCCUCUUUCUCCCACUGGGUUUGAUUUAAGCCAUAGUCAUGCUGGAUUACCUCUGAGGUUGUUGUGAUUUUGUGAAUAUUAUAGAGAGUGUACUCUUUCUUCUGGUGAAAAAAAUGGGACUAAAAACAAAAAUCCCACAAUCACAAAGCAACAUGGCCCGUAUUCCUGUCUCACCUCUUUCACAUUGCUCAGAUUAAAACUUACCACACAUACAUACUAUAUACAACAUCACUGCUUAGAUUAACCUAACCCAGACCACACAUACCCACAGACAACAUUACUAAAACAACAUUUGUAUUCUCACCAGUAUUUGCAGUUUCACAACAACGUACACACAGACACAUAGAUGUUUAACCAAAGAGUGUCUGCAUGAAAAAGUGAAUAACUAGAGGUUCAGAUCAAUACAGCGUGUGUAAAAAAGAAUACAACAAUUGUAUUCUUUUUAUUGCUUUUUAAUUCUAAAAUACUGUAAAAUAUUAAAAUAAAAUCUAUAUGACACAACAGUAAGACUUUGCUUUACUCUUACUACAUCUUAUAACAAAGUUUAUUGCACUUUUGCAUUGUAAAUGAUAGCACAAAUGGAGGUCACUAAAUGUUCUUUGUUUCAAAAUUGUAAA